ACUUAACGUACAGCUCCUCCCCACGUGUCUAGGCAGCAACAUGGCUGCGACCUGAUAUUUCAGACGCCGCUAAACCAUACACUGGCACGUUUCAGGUGGAGGUAUCGGACUGAAAGGGGCAGCAUAAAUUAAGCAACAUCUGAUCGCAAAAAUUAAAGCAGGUUUGAACAUCAUAGGCCUGUCCCUCUGAAUAGUUCACACUCGGUUCGCUCAGUAUGGCCAGUGGGGAGGACGAUGACCCCAUCAUACAAGAGAUUGAUGUAUACCUGGCCAAAAGCCUCGCAGACAAGCUCUACCUUUUCCAGUACCCAGUGCGUCCUGCUACAAUGACCUAUGAUGAUGUCAGCCAUUUAUCUGCGAAAAUAAAACCGAAACAACAGAAGGUGGAACUUGAAAUGGCAAUUAACACCGUUAGUCCCAACUACUGCCAUGGAAAAGGGGAGCAGAUCGCACUUAAUGUGGAUGGUGUUGCACCUGAUGAUUCUAAUAUUUACGCAAUGAAGAUGAUGGAUAAACAGAGUUUCUCCUCCAUCCAGGCCACCACCAACACCUCCCGCUAUGCUGCAGCAGUCUUCCGAAAAGGAGAGCUCCACCUCACCCCAUUGCAUGGGAUCCUCCAGAUGCGGCCCAGCUUCUCCUAUCUGGACAAAGCAGACAGCAGACACCGCGAGAGGGAGGCCGCCAAUGAAGGUGGAGACUCCUCUCAGGAUGAGGCCGAAGAAGACAUCAAGCAGAUCACAGUGCGGUUCUCCCGGCCCGAGUCGGAGCAGGCCCGUCAGCGGCGCAUCCAGUCAUACGAGUUUCUGCAGAAGAAGCAGGCCGAGGAGCCCUGGGUCCAUCUGCAUUACCACGGCAUAAAGGAUGGGCGCUCGGAGCACGAGAGGCAGUAUCUCUUCUGCCAGGCCAUGGGUGCGAACGAGAACACCGAACUGGUGAAGACGCCCAGGGAGUACUUGGCCAUGCUUAUGCCCCCUGUAGCAGAGGAGAAGAUUGUGAAGCCGGUUGGUCCCAGUAAUGUGCUGUCUAUGGCCCAGCUGCGGACUCUGCCUCUGGGAGAGCAGGUCAGGACCCUCAUGAAGAAUGUUAAAGUCAUGCCCUUUGCCAACCUAAUGGGGCUGCUGACCUCAGGCACUGACUCCACUGCAGUGCUGCGCUGUGUACAGCAGGUGGCGAUGUUGGUCCAGGGCAACUGGGUUGUCAAAAGUGACGUGCUGUACCCCAAGAACAGCUAUAGUGCGCUAAGUGGUGUGCCAGCAGAAGUACUCUGUCGCGGCAGGGACUACGUUAUGUGGAGGUUCACCCAAGAGCGCUCUGUAUUGCGGAAAGAAAUAGCUGCUAUAAUCAAGCUCCCCCCAGAGGAUGUGAAGGACUUUCUGGAGCAGAUGUCCGUGUCCCGUGUAAACCGUGGCUGGGAGUUCCUCCUGCCCAGCGACACGGAGUUUGUGAGGAAGCACCCAGAUGUGGCUCAGAGGCAGUAUAUGCUCUGGCUCGGCAUCCAGGCCAAAUUGGAAAAGGUGUUCAAUCUGUCUAAAGAAGACAUGAUGCCAAAAAGGCCAGAUUCCCAAACAGAAGUGGUGUCCGUGAGUGGCGAUCAGAGACUCAAGGCUGCCAGAGACCUGGCCAGGGAGAACCAGGCCUCGCUGCGGAGGGACCUGGAGCAGCGGCGACAGGGCGCGCCCAAGAGCGCCUCCUUCAGGGUGAAGGAGGAGCCCCUCAGCGACGCCGAGGAGCCCAUGGACACCUCCGUCCCCAAUGGCUCUCUCAACGGUUACCCGGGCGCCUGUUACCCGGGCGCCGGCUCCCCGGCGGACCCUCUCAACGGCCACGGCACCAACGGCCCAACCCAAGAGCUCCUGGACUUUGUGGGGGCCACCUUUCGCAAACACUUUGUGCUGACACUGAGCGAGCUGAAGCGCCUUUUCAACCUGCACCUGGCCAGCCUGCCCCCUGGACACUGCCUGUUUGGGGGCAUCUCAGACCGCCUGCUGCAGGACACCAUACUGCUCUGCCACUGCCGACAGAUCCUGGUGCCUUUUCCCGCUCAGACCUCGGCUGCAUCAGAUGAACAGAAGGUCUUUGCGGUGUGGGAAACGGGAGAAACGUUUGACAAGCACCGUCAGAUCCUGUUUGAAAUCUUCAUGAAGAACUACCGCGUCAGGAGGAACAUCAUCCAGGCCCGGCUCACGCAGGAACUAGGGGACGCCGUCACCAAGGCCGACAUCGACAGGCUGCUUAAGGAAUGCUGUAUGAGCUAUGGAGGGAUGUGGUACCUGAAGGGCACGGCGCAGUCCUGACAGUAAAGGGGGAGGGGUGCCCUGGAGGGCCCCAUCAUCCAGUCGUCUCUUCUAGAGCUUUGUGGGAGGGCUCUACAUCAGGAGAGGAAGCCGAAGCAUUGGACAAGUCACUGCCCUCCUGCCUCUAGCCAGAAGACCAGGGUUUGGGGGGAAAGGAUGCCAAGUUCUCGGCCCCAGGCCAUAUGCCAUUGUACCUAAUUUACCUGAAGUCAUAACAGAGCUAAGGCAAAGCAGCAACAGGAUGGUGUCAGCAUCAAGUAGAACAUCCCGCAUAGUCACAAAAAGGGCUGAAUGGUGAAGUCUGGUUGGAGCAUUUGUGUAUAUACUGUAUUUGAAAAUAUUUUGAGUCGAAUGUUUGCAGUCCAAGAUUUUGAAUUCAGAAAGCAGUGCAUAGUAAUUUUUAUUUAAUAUCUCUUACAAGAUGAGGAAUGAGAAAUGGGAAAUUGUAUAGACCAAAUAUAAGAAGUGUAGUUUAUAAUCAUAUGAUUUUAUCCUGAUUGUGGCCUUUGGAAAAAGUCUAGUUUUUCCUGUUUCCCAGUCUUUUUACAGAGGGGAUACGCCUCUGAUUUUGUCUUUGGCCUUAAGAUGAACACCUUAGUAGAGGCAGUUUUACAGUAGAGGCAGUUUUUUUUGUCCUUAAUUUUUUUCGCACACGUUGCGUGAGGGAAGGGUGGGGUCUUCAGAACAGGAAGCAUGGUGUUUCAUAUCAAUGAGCCUUCUUGUCCCUCUGCACAAAUAUGCAAAUAAGGACAAAAUCACCUACAGAAAAAGGCAAGGAUUAAAGGAUGAAUUUAUUUUGAUUUGAGUCUGACUCCAGAUUGAUGCAAAGCAUUUAAGAAAUGCUGUCAGAAUGCACAUAAAUGUUCAGGCAGAAAAUGUAAAUGCUCUCCCUAUAUUUGUGUAGAUUUAAUUACAAUCAUUUAAUCCACUGAUACAGCGUUUACAGAAUACAAUUUGGUAGUUUAGUACUUUAAGACUGAAUAAGACGAAUUGAAAAGAAAGUGGUUAGACCAAAGUAAAGUGGUGUGAGAUUGGUUGGAUGCAUUGCAAUGUCCUGAUUUCAUUUUCAUCUGCAAGAAAUCCGUUUAAUUUUAAGUAUUUCACACAGUUCAACUUGUAAUAGUUGGUAACAUGCAUAUUUUGAAAGGUUUCCUCUUUUGUGUAAUGCUGCUUUCAUUAAGUCUUUCCAAAUAGUCUGGCAACAAGAACUCCUUGUUUGGAGAUUUGGUAUUACUGACUUUUUUUUGGUAAAUUGAAACUUUGAUUAUUUGCAGGAAGAGUACAACCUUAACAAGCCUUUGGUUUAUUUUAAAGGGACAGUUCAUUUUCAAAAAAUAUUUUUUAUUGGUAUGGUGCUUGAUUGGCAUUGACAGGUUCUGUGUGUGGUGGAUAUUUUAGGUAUUUACAGAAGCCUUAUGAAAAUGGCUGGCGUAGAGGCAUUGUGGGUUAUGUGGUCCAAGACAAGUAAAUGCCCUUGAAGUUACUCCAAAGCAGCUUGUAUAGUGAUGUUAUGCCUCCUUGGGUCUUGCAUGUUUAUAUUACCCAAUUGUACUUCAAAAAUCACGCUUUCUCUUUCAUUUGUAGUUGGAACUAUUUCCUAUGGCAAAUGCAACCUGAGACCACUGCAUUCGAGGGAAGAAGCACUGAUACAAUAUGAAACUUAAUUGUGUUUAUAACUGAAUCAAAUGCGAUAAAAUGGAUCCGUUCAUAUGUGCAGCCUCUGGAAACGUAAUCUCACAUUACAAGCUGUCGGAGGUACUUGAAGUCUAUUUUCUUGCUUUAUAUCCCAAAACCCUAAUGCAUCUAUACCGUAAAUUUAAAAAAAAACUUUAAAUACACUUAAACUGAAAUAACAUCUCCAGAAAGUGAACCAUCCCUUUAAGAUGAGGCUAGACUGUGUUGUGGAGUCUGGCUUGAUAAUUUGAUUAUAUGCAAUUUAAUAACUAAAUGUGAUCUAUGUAUUGAGAUCUCAUUGAAAAAAGAGCAGUGAAUUUGGUUGUCAUUGCCCCUAUUUGUUUCCGCCAAACAUAUGAACUUGCAUGAUCACUGGUUUGUUUUUAGUAUGUCACUAGUGUUACAGGGCUGCUUUGCCUUUCAUUGUUUUAGGUCUGGUACCUCAGUUAAACAGAAAAUGGUCGACCUCUUAUCACAGAUGUGUUGUUGUCCUUUUCCCCUUCUAUGUAACCACCCAGAGUCCAAAGGGUAGAACAUGCAACUGGCUGUUGCAGUGCCUCAAUUCUUAAAUGGUUUACACUGAAUGAAAUUUAAAAACCCAAAUGAGUCGGGCCUUAAAGAUGGCGUCCAUCAUAGAGGGAAGUCAGGGAAGGUUAUGCUGGCCGAGUGUUCGAUUUGUUGUCAUGCAGGGAUAAUGUGACUAUGGCAGCCAAGCGUACGUCACUACUUUGCAUUACACUGGGGGUUGCUCAUGUUGUGGAGUGAAGGUGGGCUCUUUGGCAGAUUAAGUGCAUGCAGAAUAACUGGAGGUGAGUCUUUUCAGGAGAAAUCCUCUUCAAUUUCAACACAAGUCACUUACCUCAAGACCAAAACAGGCCACUGUAUGUAAUACUCGAGUUAUUUAGAAGUUUGUUUACAUUAAAACUAAAAAACUGGGCCUGGAACAGUUUAAGUAAUCAAGUGUAUCAAAAGCUCUGCACUGUUGGUAAACAUUCUUCAGUGUGUUCAUUAUGCCAUGAAUAAUGUCCAUGAGGUGUCAGUGUUUCAGGUCUGUCGUAAAUUUCCCUAUUUCUCUACAGAUGUAAGGGACCUGGUACAGAUCAUUUUGAACAUGGACUACCUGCAGAUCACUAUUUCUGUCCUUUUCCCAGUGGUUAUGUUGUCUCCUUUAAUAAAGCAAUGCAAUAACAUCUGU